AUGUUAGAGAACAGAUCUUUCUGGACAAAUGAAGAGGUAACAAAGAAAAGACUCAAAGUUGGAUGUCUUCUGGAAUAUCAAGUUGAAUCAAGCUGUCAAAGCCACCGAGGAAGAUCCAGCAAGCUGUUCAUUUUUUUCAGGAAAUUAUGUCUUUUGUAAACCACAGGUAAGCUUUCAACAGUGCAGUUGUCAGCUGAUUUUUGAGUAAUUAACUUAGAUUGUCCUAGUGUCUUGGCAAAUUUAGACCCCCCCUUCCCCCCUGAAAAACUUGCAGUUUUUUAAUUUCCUUUUUUUGUUUUUGUUUUUUUUUUUAACUUGACCCUAUCAAAUGUCAAUUCCUGUAAAUAAACUGAAUUUGUCACGUAUUCCACACACAGAGGGCAAAAUCCUGAUAAGCAAAAGCUAUGCUUAUGAGAAAGCAAUUUAUCUUUGGUUGGGGUCUAUUGGAGAUAAAACAGAGUUUCAUUUUGUAUACUGUUGAAGGUCACCUAACCCUCAAGAGAGAUGUGAGGAGUCAAUCUUGCCCAUUUAUGCAAUUAUGCAAUUUUCACACAUGUACAAACCAAGGGAGUAAGGUUUGAAAUAAAGGGUGUGGCUUGUCAUUUAGGAAAUACUUUGGCAAACUGGCCAUAUACUUGUAACACCCCAAAGGCAGGAGUCACAGGUGAAGUUUUUAUCAUGACUCAUAAGUGACCAGGCCCUAGAUCUCAGGUCCCAAACAUGGUCAGGACACAAACUAUGCAAAAGGAUUGCUUGUAAUUUUUAAAAUAAACAGAAUCAAACAAGUUUACUCUUGACAGAGAGACAAAAUGCGAUUGUUUUUCUUAAAUUUAUAAUGAGUAAUGAGAGACUAUUAAAGACAAGUUAAAGCAAAUUUUUUACCACCUUUACCACCUAUAGUACCUCAUAUUAUCAUUUAAAAUUGCUUGGAAUUCUUGAAAAUUCAACUGGUAAAAGGAUUGCUUUACCGGUUUGAAAAUUUAUUUUACCUGUCAUGCUUAAAAUAAGGGAGAACCCUGCAUGGCAACCAGGUGGACAAGCAGACAUGGUUGAUGCUACUCUGGUUCAAAGAUUUAAUGAAUGAAACUAAGACGUUACAAUUCAUAGACCCAACAUUUUGACUCUCCUGUCUAGUGCCUUUGUCAGGGGUCACCCCUUUUUCAGUCUUAAAAUUACCAUGUACUUUUACCCUCAAUGAACACCUUAAAUAUUGCAAAACCCAUGUAAGAGAUGUCCUGUGGACCUAUCAUGGACAUCUUAGGGAUCUUAUUGCUUCAGCUUAUGGUCACUUCUCUGAUUGCAGAGUUUGUGAUUGAAUAGUCACCUAUGCAAAUUGAUGACACUAAUGAAAAUUUCAAAUAUGUGGGGCCACAUCCAGAAUUUGUGCGGGUUAGACAACCUUUUCAUUCAUCACUCAGAAUACAUGUACCUGAAGAUCUGUUCUGCAAACUUUCUUAUGUAUUCUAUUGAGCAUAUUUUGUCUUGUUCCUUGCUCUAAGUGCUCUCUAUAUGUUCUACAGCACCAGCCUGGACUGAAUACAUCUCCAUUAAUCCCCACUUGUGGCCGCUGUGUAGUUGUUGCCAUAGCACGAAAUUGUGGUUCAUCUACAACCAGCAAUGUUUUCUGCAGGAAGAUCAAUAGCAGUGAAAGUGGUGAAGGAGAACCCUUCCAGCUACAAAAGUUAAAGAACAGAUCUUUCUGGACAAAUGAAGAGGUAACAAAGAAAGGACUCAAAGUUGGAUGUUGUCUGGAAUAUCAAGUUGAAUCAAGCUGUCAAAGCCACCGAGGAAGAUCCAGCAAGCUGUUUAUUUUUUGCGGGAAUGUCAGUUGUAAACCACAGGUAAGCUUUCAACAGUGCAGUUGUCAGCUGAUUUUUGAGAAACUUAUAUUGUCUAAGUGUCUUGGGAAAUUUAGACCCCCCCUCCCCCCUGCAAGACUUGUUUUUCAAUUGGCUUUUUCAGUUUUUUUUUUUUUUUUAACUUGACCCUAUCGCAUGUCAAUUCUUGUAAACAAACUGCAUUUAUCACGUAUUCCACACGCAGAGGGCAUUUUUUUUAUUGGCCCAACCCAAACUUGCAGUAAGUGUAAGUUAGAUCCGCUUUUUACUCCAGCUUAUGAUCCUCUUCCCAUCCCUUGGAGCAAGAGGUGACAGGAAGAAGAAAGCCCUGAGCUGGAAUGAGGGUGUAGAGGUGCCAACAAGAUUUCUAUUUCAUAUUCUGUGGUACUAAAAAGAUUGAUUUCUGUUUCCUGAACAGGAUGUGGAUAAAAUACUAAUGGACCUCCAAGAUGAUGGAAGUGUUUAUGGAGGAUUUAAAGAGGCACAUGAAUGUUUCAACCUAGAGGUAACUAAUUGUACGCUGUAGCUUAAGGGAUAUUUGCAAAUGAAACUGACCUAUUAUUUCUACUCUUUCUUGUGAGGAAUAUAACAGUUUAUUGUAAGUUACUUUCCAGCAUCAUCUCUAUUUUACAGACAUGUGUUGAUCUGGUGUUCAAUCUUGACCAGAGAAAGACAGAGUGAAAGGUUUUUCAGUCCUUGUGUUCAUUGUGGUUGGCAGAUUUUCUGUUGAGUGUUCUUUUUUUAGGCAGUAAGCAGUAACAUUUACCACCUACAGUACCUCUUAUUACCAUUUAAAAUUGCUUUGAAUUCUUGAAAAUUCAACAGGUAAAAGGAUCGCUUUACCAGUUUGAAAAUCUAUUUUACCUAUCAUGCUUAAAAUAAGAGAGAACACUGCUGUUUUUUACCAUUUGGUUUUUGGCUUUCAUCUGUAAUACUAAUGGACUUUCAGAUUUGGUAUUUCAUGUGGUUUUCCGUUUUUCCUAUUUGGGUUCCCGUUUCUCUUUCGAUCUGAGCAGCAAUUAUGUGCCUCCACUGAUCUCGAAUAGCGGCAAAACCUCUGUAUGCUGCACUUGUCACCACUGCAUCAGAUCAAUUAGGGUUUUCUUAACUGGGAUCUGAAAAUUUAUUGAUUUUGACAGUUUUACAUGCAGUUUUCAGUUUUGAUCAAUUUUUUUUGUGGUUUUGCAGUUUUGGAUGAUUUUUUUUCUACGGUUUUGCAGUUUCUAAUAGACCCCAAUAUCCCCCUCUGGAAGUGAAGUAUCUUGGUGCCUAAGACCUUGCUAAGUAAGGACUGAGCAUACUAUAGGUAUACCCCACCAGAUGCAGUCAGUAUAUCUUUAAUUGCACUUUUUUUCAAUCUGUUUUCCUUUCUCAUUGAAAGUUUCACAGAUUACAAGCCCAUUCAGCAUGUGCCAGAAUUUUCUUUAUUGGAAUAAGGGCUGGUACGAUCAAUAAUGAAAGAAUCACUCUGAAGACAAUAAAUGGAGAGUGGUCAGAAAUGCCUCUGAACUGUAGAGAAAGCCUGGUCUUAUCCAGAGAACCAGUUCAUUUGCAACUUAAGAGGCCAUGGGAUGUAGCUGAUGAUAUUGUAGGUGGUGUGGCAGUUGUUAAGUUUGAUGAAGCCAGGAAAGCUACUUGUGAGGGCCUGAUUUCAAGUAAGUGAUCAGAAUUAUGCAUAUGUUAUUAAGCUUACUGCAUGACACAAACAAUAGAGCCACUGACACACUUGGAAAUUUUAUUUGCCAGUAUUUGUCAUAUCAGAUAUCAGCAAUUUUAUCAAUCAUGGCAAUUGGCGAUAAUUGCAAUCCCAGCACUGGACACACCCAGUAAUUUUUCCCUGAUUGCUGCAACAGGCAUAUAAAAUUGCCAGGUGAUUAGCAGUAAAUAUUGUGUAUUGAGUUAAGUAAUACAUAUGCAAGCCAUAGAGAAGCAAACAACUUAUGGCCAACAAUAAGAUCAUCACACUAAUUUUUAUUUAUACACAACCGAAUAUGUUGUGAAAAUAAAACUUACUUCAGAAAUUGGGAAGAAAAUCUUGAACUGGAGUCUAAGUUAAUGAUUACCAGCACUGAAACCAAUUUCCAGAAUUUCAUUAAAUUAGGUUGUAAGAUGUAAAACCUGUACCUUUAAGUGUGAAGGUACCAGUAAUUAACCAAAUGAAGUUAAAGUAAUUGAAUGUUUAUAUUGAUUUUGAUUGAGAACCAAUGUCUAUUCCUGGUUCCUAUCAAAUGUUAUGUUACUAUCUACUGUUACUAUCCUGAAUAGAAAUUACUGGUAACACAUUUACCUUGGCCAAAUUAUGCUACAGUUACACCUUGCAAAUUCACAAGUCACAAUUUUAGUCUCUUUGUUGGCUUGAUGUUUGCUCUGUCAGUGUUUUUUUUGCAGUCUUUGCUUAUGUCUUUGGAUUUAGCAGUUUUGCCAUGUAUUAGGUAACUACCUCAUUAUUUGCAGAUUACAUUACAGUAAGCAGGGGUAUCAAAAUGUUUUGAAGUAGACAUCAGACAGCAAAAGUAGAUGACUGUGAAAAGUUCAUUGAGGGUUUAAAGGAAAUUGUUUUGACCAGAGUAACCAGCAAUGUGUUAUAAAGUAGCUGGUGGAACUCUGGCAGUGAUAAGCCUGUUUUAAAAUCCUUGAGUAAGCCUGAACUGAAAAUUUUGAGGAAACUAGCUUCUUAAUCUACCCUGCAGUUACCAUUUUGUAUUUUUAUACUGUUUUCAGGGUAUAAACCCUUAGUCAUAUCAAGGGAUGAAGAACCAGUUGAGAUGCGGAAUGAAUUUGGUGAGGUGAUUCCAGUUCCAGGGCAUUGGCGUGUCUUGUUUGACACUGGCAAUGAAGUAGCCACUGGCAUAUCCAGAGAGCUUCUAUUGAAGUUGAACCUGCAACCUGAUCCCAACAAGAAAAGGAAAGCUAAAUUAGCAGGAAGAAGGUCUGGCCAGUUUGAAACCAUACAAAUUGUGCUCGCAAUUCGAGGAUACCAGUUUAGUGUUUGUGCAUUGGUUGAUGCCCCGGCCAAGGGCACUGAUCUGCUUGUGGGAAUGGAUGUCAUUCAGCAGCUGUUUGACCUAGGGUAUACUAUUGGUGACUAACUUAUGGUAUAUUUUAAGAAUUUCUACAAUGAUGAAUGCCAUUUGCGGCAAACUCUCAAUCUGUAGGAAGGUUAUUAAAUGUACAAUGUAUGCACAUGUGUACAAGAUCAUUUUGCUGAACAUGGGUUUUUUAUUUUUUUAUUUUUUUUAUUUUUUUUUCAUUAAAGUCUACUUUUGUCUUUGUGACUAUUUGAUAGAAUUCUGAAGCUGGUCAUAAUGUUAGAGAGCAUGAAACACAUUGCAUUGUGCAGGCUUACCAAUAAGUAAAGCUUCCAGAAGUUUGCUCCUUGUUUUUCUCCUGGACAGUCAGAAUGCAAUAAAGAGCUCACAUCUAUAAUUACUUUUAGUAUUUGUAUAUGUUUUUUUAGAUAUCUUUAGGGAGCAUAAAUAACUUAGGUAGUUCUCCAAGUUCUUGGUGAUUGAUUAUUUAGGAGGGCCACAAGUUGAUCUGUUUUUAUGCUGUUUUGGGGCUUAUUUAUGAUUUUAACUUUUAUUAUUUAUUUAUAACUUCUCUAUUUAACAACUAUUUGCUGUAUUUGAAAUGAAUUUAAUACUAUUGAAUACCAGUAAUCCCAAAGACAAAGUUGAGGGGAUAAUUCAAUAUUUUCACUGAGCCUGAGAUAUAUAGUUGUUUUAGUGUAUUAAUUGCUUGGGUGUGGUAGAAUUCUGUGGUAAAUAUUUGUUUGAAGUUGAAACCAUUCUCUUCCAGUUGUUUUAAUUACUCACAUCGAGAUAAAGGGCCAGUUUCCACUACAAUUUGAUGGGUUCAUGUAAUUCAAUCAACAAAAACUUCGUAUCUCUUUUUUUAAAGUGUUCCUCUAAACUUGAUGGUACGUUUUUGCUCUUAGGAAUUGAAUUUUUUCUAAUGCAUUCAUCACUUACUCGGUAACAAUGUCAAAAUACAAGGCAACUAUUUUGAAAUGUAGCACUCCUGUGAAAAGCCUCCUGUGCAAGGUUCAUAUGGCAAGAUAUGAUGCAAUCCUUAACAAUCACAGCGCAGGCAACUCUAUAAUCACCAGCAAUUAUACCAAUGUAAUAUACGACAUACAGUCGUACAAUUAGCAAACGUCAUCUACAAUACGUCAUACUGAACAGUAGUGAUUUUUAUCUAGAGGUUAUUUAUUGUACAAUGUUAACCAUCAUAAUGAUGUAAAACAUUUUGUACAUUGGGGAAAUGGAAUCAAAUUCCAAGAAUUAUAAAUAAAGUAUGUUCUAAUGAUAGUUAUAGUUUUAAAAUAAAGCUUUUAAAGCUCUUUUGUUGAGGGUUUGAAUCAAACAGGCAUAA